AAACGUACCGGAGCAGAUGACGUCACGUGUAUGUGUGUGGGCGGGCGUGAAGGAAAACCAAAUGUACGCGCGAGAGGAAAGAGGAGCAGAAUUCGAAUGGAAAUCCUGUUUCGGGUGUAAAAUCUGAGGACGAAAGUUAGUGAAGGCUUCGCAGCGAGCGGACGGACGUUCAGACGAGCGCGGCGCUCAGCUCGCUUCCUUCCUGGAUGUGAAAAUUACACAGAAGCGAUUCGACGUUCGGCCAAUGAACCUCCAUUACAGACACAUUCUCCAGCAUCCAGCAAUGAUGUAGACUUGAGGUCAACCAUGAUGGUUAAGCGCUGGGGAAGAUUUGCAGGGAGGAGUGACUGACACUCUCCUCCUUCACACCGCGCUUUGCACUCUGUCCGUCCUCAUUGUGUGGCCAGAGUGUGAUGUCAUCAACCACACCCUCUGCAGCCCCACCCUUGAAAAAGGGAAGGAAGCCAGAAAAAACAGAGGUGAUGGCUGAUUCGGUGCAGGCCACCAACGAGGAGCUGAGGAGCAAACUCAUGGACGUCCAGAUUGAACUGCAGCAGGAGAGGGGCAAGGUGUGCAAGCUUCGUGAGAGACUCCAAGAGCAGCGACAGGCCCGGGAGCUUGAGCAACAUAAGCAUGCUGUAGCACUCACUGACCUACGGGCCAAACUCCAUGAAGAGAAGUUACGAGAGAUCGCGGCUGCCCGUGAGUCCCUGGCGAGGCAGCAUGAAGCUGAGCUAGCUCGAGCCAUAAAAAUCAGAGACACUGAGGUGCAGAGGCUCCAGGGUUUGGUCAGUGCUCUCAGGGAUGGGGCAGCUGACAAACUCAAAAAUGCUCUUCUCGGAGAGGCCCGUGAGGAGGCCAGGAGGGCUUUCGAUGGGGAAAGGCUAAAGCUACAACAGGAGAUUCAGGAGCAGAAGACCGCUAGGAAGCAGGCUGAGGAAGCACUGGCCAAUGCUCUGCAGGCAGACAAAGCCAAGGCAGCUGAUCUCCGUACAGCCUACCAACAACACCAAGAUGAGGUGCAUCGCAUCAAACGGGACUGUGAAAAAGACAUCCGACGUCUGAUGGAUGAAAUAAAGGCAAAGGACCGGGUUGUGUGCACCCUGGAGAGGGAGCUUGGAGUGCAGGCUGGUUAUGCUCAGAAGCUGCAGCUCCAGAAGGAAGCUCUGGACGAGCAGCUCGGCCAGGUACGAGAGGCUGAGCGACACAACCACGGAAGCCCCAAGAGAGAGGUGGUACCUGGGCUAGGGGACAGUCCAGACCUGCUCACCAAUCAGGAAGCAGAGGAGCGUGACUUGAGGAGGUUCCAGCUGAAGAUAGCGGAGCUCCACUCAGUCAUCAGGAAACUGGAGGACAGGAAUGCACUGCUGGCUGACGAGAGGAACGAACUACUGAAGCGGGUGCGAGAAGCAGAGAGCCAGAUGAAGCCCAUGUUUGAGAAGAAUAAGCGCCUGUCCAAGAAGAAUGAUGACCUCCUGCAAACUUUGCAACGCAUGGAGGAGAAACUUAAGAGCCUGAGUCGAGAUAAUGCAGAGAUGAAGGAGAGGGUGGCAUCCUCACGGCCACCAUCACAGCAGCAAUCCAAUCCACCUCAGCUGAAGCGACCAAUCUCCCUGACAGAUCUAAGCCAUGCCCAUGAGGAACAGGAGGUGGAGUUCCUCAAGCUGCAGGUUGUCGAACAACGUGGCAUCAUUGAUGAGCUCACACAGGAGCGGGACCGACUGGUGAUGUGCAAAAAGAACAGGAGGAAACCUCUCAAACUGUCUAAAAGGCAUGUUGUGGAGACAUAUUUUGGAUUUGAUGAGGAGUCAAUUGACUCUGAGACUUCCUCUCUAACUUCUUACAACACUGACCUGACUGACCGCACCCCUGCUACUCCAGAGGAAGAUCUGGAGGAGACCGUUUCCCGUGAGGAGUCAGAGCUCCGUUUCCGUCAGCUAACCAGGGAGUACCAGGCUCUCCAGCGGGCCUAUGCUCUCCUGCAAGAACAGACAGGUGGCUCUUUGGAUGCUGAGAGGGAGGCCAGGACACGUGAGCAGCUACAGGCGGAGCUUAGCAGCUGCCAGUCAAAGAUCAUCGACCUGGAGAAGGCCCUGACUGAAAAAGGACAGGACUCAAAAUGGGUUGAAGAUAAACAAUACUUGCUCAAGGCCAACCAGGAGCUUCAUGAAAAGCUGUGUGCAUUGCAGCAGAAUGAGUCACGACUGCAGGCAGAAGUUCAGGAUGCACGGGACCAGAACGAGCUGCUGGAAUUCAGAGUAUUGGAACUGGAAGAGAGGGAGCGCAGAUCGCCUGCCCUCAAUCUUCACAUGUCUGUCUUCCCUGAGAACAGCAGUAGUGCUCUGCAGAUCUACUGCCACCAGCAGGGGGUUAAGGAUGUAGUCAUUCCUGACCUAAUGAAGAAACUUGACAUCCUGGGAGAUAAUGGGAAUCUCCGAAAUGAAGAGCAGGUAGCAGUGAUCCAGGCGGGAACUGUGAUUUCCUUAUGUGAAAAGUGGCUGAAGCAGAUAGACAGUACAGAGGCUGCCCUCACACAGAAGAUGAUUGACCUGGAAAAUGACAAGGAGUUGUUCAGUAAGCAGAAGGGAUUCCUUGAGGAGGAGUUGGACUACAGGAAGCAGGCGUUGGACCAGGCCUACAUGAGGAUCGAGGAGCUGGAGGCCACUCUGUAUAGCGCUCUGCAGCAGGAGCAGCCGGCGUGCCAGGCGGUGGCUGAGUCGCUGACAGACAGGCAGAGGGAGGAGCUGAGGCUUGCCGUGGACAAGCUGCGGCGUCAGAUUCUCCGGCAGAGCCGGCAGUAUGACAGUCAGAUCUUACAGGAGCGCAUGGAGCUCCUACAGCAGGCCCAGCAGAGAAUUAGGGAACUGGAGGACAGGAUUGACUUGCAAAGGAGACAAAUAAAAGAAAUUGAGGAAAAGUUUUUGUUCCUCUUUUUGUUUUUCUCUUUAGCUUUUAUUCUUUGGCCUUAAUGAAAGUGACCAUGGACUGACAUCAGGUUUUAAGGUGUUGUGGCACCAUGUGAGAUGGAAGACACAAAAAUGUGGAGUGUUUUUUUUUUUUUUUUUUUUUUUUUUUUUUUUAUCCAUUUAUAGACAGUUUAUGAAACCCUAUGGCCUUUUGAUAAUUGUGCACUUUUUGCGAAAGACUAACUUGGAAUUCAAGUAUAUUCGAAGAUUUAAUAAAUAACCAGAUACACAAGAUUCAAAAGAAUUUUUUUUAACUUGAUGUGGAAAACACACUUUUAACUCAUCUGUGAGUUAGAAACACUUGGAUUUUUUUUUGGGGGGGGACUCUGAAGCAAUGGAUAAUUUAAGGAGACGAGCCACGGCCUUGUGCAAUCACAGAGGGAGUGAUACAGGGAGAAGAGGAGGAGUAAAAGGAGCGCGCUGAGUCAAAGUGUGAACACACUGCCUGGAUGUGGUGAAGUUUCUGGCAAAGUCCAAUAACUGUGGGGUUUCUAAGGAGACAACAGUGCAAAUGUGGUCAAGGAGCUAGAAGUCACUGGGGAGCUGUUGCUAACACCGAGACGACGACACCACACUGGGGCAGACAUGUCAGGCUGAUGUCACCAGUUGCUGUGCUGUGAGUAAAAGUUGUUUGGUGAGCACAAAGUAACCAGUGGAGAAUCAAAUGCCCUCAGCAGUACCGGAAGCAGUUUGGUGACCAUGGUAACAGACUCAUUGGGAACAGAGCCAGA